GUCUGCUUCAUCCUGGUAUCAUGUGUGCUCCACAGAAACCAGAGCGUGAUGAGUGGGGCAGUGGGCUGGAAGCCAUGCAGUGCGCCCUGCAGCUGGAGAAGAACGUCAACCAGGCUCUGCUGGACCUGCACAAGCUGGCCUCUGACCACAAAGACCCUCAUCUGUGUGACUUCCUGGAGUCUCACUACCUGAACGAACAGGUGGAGUCCAUCAAGAAGCUUGGUGACCACAUCACCAACCUCACCCGCAUGGAUGCUCACACCAACAAGAUGGCAGAGUAUCUGUUUGACAAGCACACCCUGGGCAGCAAGAGCUAAAGAGCCUGGAGGAACAUUCCAGAUGCAGACCUUAAACCUUUCUGCUCUGCCUGCUGGAAGAUUGGGAAAUGUCUGAAAUCUGUUUGAUUCUGUCAUGACUCUGAUUCACCUUGAUGCCUCAAACUGACUAAACCUGAAUAAACAUUUAAAGCUGA